AUGGUAAACUUAAAUAAAAUUCCACCAAAAAAUGGACGCAAGUAUUAUGUUGCAUUAGGUUUGGAAGGUUCUGCAAAUAAAUUAGGUGUUGGUGUAAUAAAACAUCCUUUCUUGGAGAAUCAUGAGUCUGGGGAUCUGUCACAUGAUUGUGGGGUUGAAAUUUUGUCAAACAUAAGAGAUACAUACAUCACUCCCCCAGGUGAAGGUUUCUUACCAAGAGAUACAGCAAGACAUCAUAGAAACUGGUGUGUCAGGAUAAUUAAAAAAGCAUUAAUAGAGGCUCAAAUUAAAGAUCCAGGUCUGGAUAUUGAUGUUAUUUGUUUCACAAAAGGUCCAGGGAUGGGUGCCCCUUUGCACUCUGUGGUGAUCGCAGCAAGAACAUGUUCAUUAUUAUGGGAGGUCCCUUUGGUCGGUGUUAAUCAUUGCGUAGGUCAUAUUGAAAUGGGAAGAGAAAUCACAAAGGCAGAAAAUCCGGUUGUGUUGUACGUUAGUGGAGGAAAUACCCAAGUAAUUGCAUAUUCAGAAAAUAGGUAUAGGAUUUUUGGAGAAACUUUAGAUAUAGCUAUAGGUAACUGUCUUGAUAGGUUUGCCAGAACUUUAAGGAUCCCAAAUAAUCCAUCUCCUGGUUAUAACAUUGAACAACUAGCGAAGAAGUCUACACAUAAGGAUAGCUUGGUCUUGCUACCAUAUACUGUCAAAGGCAUGGAUCUAUCGAUGAGUGGUAUUCUUGCCUAUGUUGAUAUACUAGCCAAAGAUUUAUUCAGAGGAAAUAAGAAGAAUAAAGUUUUGUUUGAUCAAAAGACAGGAGAACAGAAAGUCACUGUUGAAGAUUUAUGUUAUUCUUUACAGGAGAAUUUAUUUGCCAUGCUAGUUGAAAUCACUGAGAGAGCCAUGGCUCAUGUCAAUUCAAACGUCGUUUUAAUAGUGGGUGGUGUAGGUUGUAAUGUUAGACUACAAGAAAUGAUGGGAACCAUGUGUAGAGACAGAGCUGAUGGUAAAGUUCAUGCAACAGACGACCGAUUCUGUAUAGACAACGGUGUAAUGAUUGCACAAGCUGGGUUGUUACAAUAUAGAAUGGGUGACAUCGUUACCGAUUUAAAUGAAACUGUAGUUCAACAAAAAUUUAGAACAGAUGAAGUAUAUGUUUCGUGGAGAGAAUAA